AAGACCAAUCCGUUUGGUGGGCACGGCAGGGAAAACAAUCUUGGAAGAACGAUCGUGAAAGUUCGGCCAUUUCUGUCCGGAGUUCGGAUUUCCGUCUGUAACCGUGCGAGGAUAUUUCUCGUCGAGGCGUCGUUAUGUCGCUCUUCAAGGGAGCCUCAAGGUCGUUGGCUAGAGCUGCGGUUGGACGAGGGAAGCCAAUAUGUGGUGCCAGACGAGCUUCGUCCAUGACAGCAGAGUCACAACAAAAACUUCUCGCAGCAGACCUCGAACAUGCAGAUCCUCAAAUAUACAACAUCCUCCAAAAUGAGAAACGAAGGCAAAAGCACUUUAUCAACCUCAUUCCCUCCGAAAACUUUACAUCCCAAGCUGUUCUCGAUGCACUCGGAAGUGUUAUGCAAAACAAAUACUCUGAAGGUUAUCCUGGAGCAAGAUAUUAUGGUGGAAAUGAAUUCAUCGACGAGGCAGAGAGAUUAUGCCAGAGCCGUGCUCUGCAGACCUUUGGGUUGAAAGAUUCAGACUGGGGUGUUAAUGUUCAGCCUUUAUCUGGAUCUCCUGCCAACCUCUACGCAUACUCCGCACUCCUAAAUACGCACGAUCGCAUAAUGGGUUUGGAUUUACCACACGGUGGGCAUCUUUCCCAUGGAUACCAAACACCUACAAAGAAGAUUUCUGCCAUUUCAAAAUAUUUCGAGACCUUACCAUAUCGUUUGGACGAAAGCACAGGUCUCAUUGACUAUGCCAAAUUGGAGGAUCUGGCCACGCUAUACAGGCCGAAGUUGAUUAUUGCCGGUACGUCUGCUUACAGCAGACUGAUUGAAUACGAUCGCUUUCGAGAAAUCGCCGACAAGGUCGGAGCAUACCUUUUAGCUGAUAUAGCACACAUCUCUGGGUUGGUAGCUGCCAAGGUUAUCCCAACUCCAUUUGAAUACGCGGAUGUUGUCACCACAACUACACACAAGUCAUUAAGAGGACCUCGAGGUGCUAUGAUCUUCUUCAGGAAGGGAGUACGGAAAGUCAACCCCAAGACUAACGAGCAGGAGAUGUGGAAUCUUGAAGACCCUAUCAAUUCUUCAGUCUUCCCAGGACAUCAAGGUGGACCUCAUAAUCAUACCAUUACAGCACUGGCUGUGGCGCUUAAGCAAGCACAAAGUCCAGAGUUCAGAGCAUAUCAAGAAGCAGUACUUCAGAAUGCACAAGCGUUCGCCAAGCGAUUAGGAGAUCCUAAAGACAAGGGCGGAUUAGGUUACUCUAUUGUCUCAGGCGGUACAGACAAUCAUCUCGUUCUGGUGGACCUCAAACCUCAAGGUGUUGAUGGAGCCAGAGUAGAGCGUAUCUUAGAAUUGGUGGGCGUCGCAAGCAACAAGAAUACCGUUCCAGGCGACAAGUCAGCUCUGAAACCAGGUGGACUGAGAAUGGGCACGCCAGCCAUGACGACUCGAGGUUUCCAACCAGAUGAUUUCGUUCGGGUGGCGGAUGUUGUGAACAGAGCAAUUACCAUCACCCAAAGACUGAACAAGACAGCCAAGGAGGCUGCUGAAGCGAAGGGCAGGAAGAACCCAGGAAGUGUGAAAGCUUUCAUGGAGUACCUCGGAGAGGGUGAUAAUGAGAGCGAGAUUGUGCAGCUGAGAAGUGAGGUCGAGGAGUGGGUUGGAACUUUCUCUUUGCCUUGGGAGUCCAGUACAUAGGCAUUUUGGUAAGGCGUAAUGCAGUAGUGAUAUCUGAGUAGAUUCAACACACGCUACUCAGUAACAAUGGUAAUGGUUUAAGGCAUACACCGCUGUGUCACAGCCUUGGUUUCUGAAAAUUGCUUUUUCUUAACUUUCUGCCUGUUCUAAAUGUAAAAAAAGGUGUAUCCGAAAUGUAUGUCAUCUUCCGCUGUCAAAACUUUCAUUGCAGGACAAACUUUUGUACCUCGAUCGAGCAAAAUUGUGUCAAAAUAAAUCCACAGACAUAAGACAACUUAGUUUCUUCUGC